AAUUAAUGGUGACGAGGCGACGACAAGAGCGCAGAUCGAUAGAUAACUCCCGAGUUUGGCUACAUCGUGGCAUAAAGGCUUAUGGAUAUAAAAGCGGGUAAUAUAAGGCUUAUGGGCUUCUUUUACUAUGCGCAUCGGUCUAUAAUAAAGGUUCGAACCGGUAUCAUCGUGGCAUUUGAAGCAAUACGCCGAUAGCACAGGGCACUGCUAUCUAUAAAAGGAGGACGCGGUGGAUAAACGCUCGUCAGUAGUACCGUGCACGCAAUAUCUGGAAAACGAAGCAGUUGAGGAUGAAUCCGCAUUUAAUUAUCUUGCUGAGCCUGGCGGCAGUAAUAUCGGCGGCAAAUGAGCCGAUAGCCAUCAUCAGGCAGGAGCAGGACAUCGGCAGUCCGGACGGUAGCUACUUCAUGAGAUGGGAGAGUGCGAACGGGAUUACUUUCGAGGAGCAGGGCGUCCAGAAGAAUGCCGGCCAGAAGGACAAGGAGGCUGAGGAGGUGCGCGGCUCGGCGACGUGGACCGCGCCCGACGGGCAGAAAAUUAAUCUCGGCUGGCUGGCAGACGAGAACGGUGCCGUUUUCCAAGGAGCGCAUCUGCCGACCCCGCCACCCCCGCCGGCAAUUCCGCCCGCCAUUCAGCGCGCCCUUGACUGGAUAGCCGCCCACCCUUACCAGGAGGAGAGGAACAAAGUGUAACUUUCGCAUCGCUCGCUGCAGACACAGUUGAAAGUUGACACUACGCUUGCGUAUGCUUAGCUUGACAUAUCGAAUGUAAAAAGACAAGUUUGUAUAAAAAUUUCGUAUGCCGUGGGAAGAUGCGACUUAAUUCCCGACGACCGCUCUCGUCAUUUCAUAAAAUUGUAUUCUGUUUUAAGUGCCCCCCAACGCGCGAUCAAUUACGAUAAUUGUGAUAUUGAAUUGCGUUCGGGAUAAAUGCGAUAUUGAAAGCUUCUAUUAGGGAGAUAGACUCACAAUCGGUUAUAAAAUCAUUAAAAUUUACAACAGCUUGUUUAAUGUGUAUUAUGAUAUCAUUAAGAAAUAAACGCUGUCAAUUAUAUUAUUGGAAAAUAUCGCGUUGUCAUGUUUAUUUCAAUAUCGCAAUUAUCCAGGUUAACUAUAAUUCAAAUGGUUCUAUUAAUCUGAUUAAUCAUAGAUCAACAGAUAUACAGAGAAAUGAAAGAGAGUUAUUGGUUUAAGAGCAGAAGCUUGUAAGUUAAUAAAAAAAUCUCAGAUAUAUAUAUA